GCUCCGUUCGCCGGUUCUUACUUUAGAUAAUCACAACAAACAUGGCGACUUACAGACAGGUCGGCAGGUUGUUGGGUAUUUCAGCAAGACUUUCACGUCCUCUUGCCGGCAAUGGCUUUCAGUGUGCAAAGUUACAUUUGCCUUCACAUAGCACAGGACUCUCGAACAGAUGGCCACAAAACCCCCAUUGGGUCAUUCCUGGAAGGACAAUGUUUGUGCAGACACAGGACACACCGAAUCCAAACAGCCUGAAGUUUCUGCCUGGUCGCACGGUUCUUGAAUCUGGAACUUUGAAUUUUGCUGGCCCUCGAGAUGCUCACUGCUCGCCUUUAGCCAGACAACUGUUUAGAAUUGAUGGAGUCAAAGGUGUCUUCCUCGGCCCCGAUUUCAUAACCAUAUCAAAGGCUGAUGAUAAUUUGGAGUGGAAAGUAAUCAAGCCUGAUGUAUUUGCUGCCAUCAUGGACUUUUUCACUUCCGGACUUCCUGUUGUAAACGAGGACAGCAAACCCAAUGCAGACACAGCACCUUCAGAUGAUGACGAUGAAGUUGUUGCUAUGAUCAAAGAACUGCUGGAUACUAGAAUAAGACCAACAGUGCAGGAGGAUGGAGGGGACGUUCUGUAUCGUGGGUUUGAGGAUGGCAUUGUUAAACUGAAGUUGCAGGGCUCUUGCACAAGUUGUCCCAGUUCCAUUAUAACUUUGAAGAGUGGAAUCCAGAACAUGCUGCAGUUUUACGUCCCUGAGGUUGAAUCAGUGGAGCAGGUAAAGGAUGAAGAGGAAGAGGCGGCUGCCCAAGCUUAAAAUGCAAAAAGCGGAGUAACAUUUACACAUUCCUCCCUCCCCCUCCAGUUCCUAUGCAAUUAGCUUCUGUAUAGCAUAGCUGUGUGAAAGAAUGCAGUAUCAUUCAGAUGCUAUCACUGACCUUUGAAGAUACUCUCUGUACAAUGACAGUAUUUAAAGAAUACGGAAAGAAGAGCCCUGUAAUAGAAACCUAAGACUGUCGAGCUGAAAUAAAACAUAUUUAUUAUUUCACUUUGUUGGAUCUUGUCUGAUUAAGUCCCUUGUUAAAAAUAGCCUUAAUGGCUGGGAUACAUGCACUGUGUUUAUAUGAAUAAAGUUCAUUGAAAAAUG